GCUGUGGGGAGGGUUUUUACAGGCCACGCCCCCGUGCCAGUCUCAGCCAUGGCGGCUAUGAGCCUGCUGCUGCGGGCAGCAGCUGCCUGGGGGGCUCGGCGGGCUGUGGGUGGUGCGGCCGGUGGCGCCCGGCUCCGCUGGCCCUCCGGGGCCGCCCGCCUCCCCGGCACCGUCGCCCCUGUACGGCAUAGCAGCCAUGGGAAAAGAAUGUUUAUUAUCAAGGCAACAAGUUUUUAUGAUUCUCGAUUUCUGAACUUGUUGAGAUUCUAUAUAUUCUUGACUGGGAUACCAGUGGCAGUGUUCAUAACAUAUGUGAACAUCUUCAUUGGUGAAGCUGAACUUGCAGAGAUUCCCGAAGGUUAUGUUCCAGAUUACUGGGAAUACUACAAACACCCUAUAAGUCGUUGGAUAGCUCGUUACCUCCUUGACCCCCCUGAAAAAAAUUAUGAGAAAGCCAUGGCUCUGCUUGAUGUUGAAGCAAAGAAAACUGAACUGAGGCUGAUGGAGUUGGAGGCACGCAGACUGAUGAGAGCAAGGGGAGAUGGACCUUGGUAUCAUUAUGAAACACCUGAUAAAAAUCUUACUGACGAGUCUAUGAAAGCCACACCUGACAAUUAAGCAGUCCUAAGACAGUGUGCAAGGUUUUAAAUGCACACCAACAAAUUGUGACUGAAUUAUGCAAUAUACAUCCUGCUGUUCACUGAAUUAAAUUAAAAAAAUUUUCGUUUU